AGAUGUAUAAAGUUAACAAGAUCUUAUUCUGUGGAGGUUCAGGAUAUGUAGGAAACUACAUAAUGAAGCUAAGUGCACAGCAAUAUCCAAACGUCACUCAUUAUGUAAUGAGUCGCAGAGGAACACUCAGAAAGGGAGAUUCUAUAACAAAUAAUUUGACAAAUGCAGUGCCCCUCAAAGCAGAUUGCCAAGAUAUAGAGACAUAUCCAAGAGAGCUAGAGCAAUGUAAUAGCAUUGUCCAUACGGUCGGAACACUUAUUGAAGGGAAAAAGCCAGGAACAUCAUAUAAGGAAAUGAAUACUGACUCUGUUGUUAAAAUUGCUACUAAAUUUAAUGAAUAUGCAAAAAGGCAAGAAGUAAAGAAGAAUUUCGUCUUUAUUUCAUCUGAAAAAGCUCCCCCUUUCCUCUCAGACUAUAUUACAACUAAGAGAGAUGCUGAAGAUUUCCUUCUAAAUGAAUGAAAACAUCUGAAUGUUCAUAUCUUAAGGCCAGGAUUCGUAGUACAGCCGCAAGAUAGGACUUGGUCACCAAUGGUGGGAUGCUUGGUCAAUAUUGCAGCAAAUAUUAAUGAAGGAAUAGUUCAAAAAACCCCACUAGGAAAGCCCCUUGAUUUCCUAUUUCCAACUCAUGCUACCAAGCUAGAAACAAUAGCAGAUGUUGCUAUCGAAGGAGCUCAUGGGCACAUUGAGCCAAAAAUAUGGACAAAUUACAUGCUUCAAAAUUACCAAGCAUCUGAGAAAUAGAGCCAUUAAUUACGGAUUUCAAUAUUUUUAUAU